UAAAUACUGAUUCCUAUGCACAUGGCCUCUCAGAAAUUCUUCAACUCUCAGAGCACACUGAGAUUAAAAAGGAACAUCCAACCUCAUCACCAUGAACCAAAAUGCUGCUCUUUGUAUAACUCUCCUCUUUUGCUGGCUCUUACUUAUUCCUCCUACGACUCAAGGAUCCCCACUAUCAAGAAAUAUACGUUGUCGGUGCAUCAAGUCUCAUGGUGUUGUCCCCAAUGUGAAAUCCUUACAAAAACUUGAAGUAAUUCCUGCAAGUUCUUCAUGUCCACAUAUUGAGAUCAUUGCCACAAUGAAGAGAACACAGGAACAAAGAUGUCUGAACCCUGACUCCAAGAAAAUAAACGAUUUAAUUAAAUUAAUUAACAAGAAAAGGUCUAAAGAAGUUUCUAAUCAUAAGUAAAGAUUGCCAAGCAACUCAUGAGAUGAUGGACUAGAAUGUGACCAAAUAUGGCUCUUCUCCUUCAUGACAAUAACUCUUGUUACCAUAUAAAUUAAAAUUCAGCAUUUACAUAUGUUUUAAAGUUUACAAAAUACUUUACAUGUUAUAUCAUUUGAUCCUCAC